AAGUUAACAAUGUUAAUAAGCAAAUUUCAGCAGAUAUGAAUCUGGAUAGUCAUAUCAAUAUAGAUCAGCCUCAGAUUAAGACUGAGAUAGCUGAAAAAGAACCAAUUGAAGAUACUUUAAAGGAAUUAAACAACUCUUCAAUGGAAAAUCACACUAUAGAUACCAACAUGAUAGUAGAUCCACUAACCACCCUCUACGACAACUCCAAGGUUGCUGAAUCCUCUUUCAUCAGCAAUGAUGACAAUGAAUUCCAAUUGGUG